AACGCCUUCCCGACAUUCCUUAGCGGUUUCUUCGUGCCGUCUGUCACCUGACGUACUACGCAUCGUGCUCGCUAGCGGAGGUGGGGGCGACCUAGCGCAGUGAAACAACAAGCGAGAAGAGAGCCAGCGGGCGGUCACCAGCGAAUCCCGUGGCGAUUUCCACGGCUACCCUCUACGUGAUCUCGACGCGGCGAAUCGCAACGAACCGCUACGGUGAAAACGCCGUUGCCGAGGUGGCCACCAGGACUCCAAUCUGCCUGCCGCGGGCACGACGAUCGAUACACGACCGAUCUCGCGGCUACGCUGCACCAGCUAUGCGCCGCCUGUUCCGGCCGAUGUUUAUGGUAGUUGUUCACGUCGGCUGACAGCUGUCAAUCCUACGUUCGGGUCGCCCGUGAGUCACCGGAUCGGCAGUCGAGGGCCGCCUCAGAGUCCCACGAGACAGUAGUAUAGAUCGAGUGCAAAUUAAGUCACACGGCGCCCACACGCGACGGGACAUCGACUUCCCCGCAGGUAUCACGCACGUCACAACCUACCUACCUACUUUUUGUUCAGAUGUCCAGGUAUUUUUUCGAUAUCACCGGCAUGGCGUCCAGCUCCGUCAGCCAAGAAGACUUCGACAACGAUUUCGAGUUGACGUCCAGAAGAUCCAGGAUUAGGACCGCUAGGGCCAGGGUUGGCCCAGGGGCGAGGACAGGGGAUGUGUCUUCCAUAAGCUUUCAAAAGAAUACCCCCGAUGUGGAGGAAUCCCAAGGCGCUUACGACGCAAGUUCCAACUCUGUGCUUCCGCCUGAGCACGAGAAUCCACAGAGCAAACCUAUAAUGAGGAAACAGGAUAAACGCGUGACCGGCCGUGUCUUUAGUGUCGUAUCCUGUUUGCAUAGGCCAACGCAUAUAAACAAGGGGAAGCAGCAACGCGAUCGACGGAAACUGCGAGAAAAACGGCGUAGCACGGGAGUCGUACAUUUGCCGUCGACAGAGAGCACGGGAGGUAGUACAGGGGAAGACGAGGAGGAGCUUAGCGGCACUUGCCUUGAAACUAAGCACAACACGCAUCACAAUGAAUUUCUUGAUCACGAAUUGAUAGAAGAGCGGAAUGCCAGAAUAUAUACACAAAGACGAAACAAAAGUCAUUCUGAUUUGGAGGCCGACGACGAAGAGUUCGAUUCUCUCAAUCAAUCCGACAGCGUUAAUCAAUCAGACCACGGCAAUCACGAACCACAGACGUCUGUCAAUGCGACUGUCAGACCGAGAUUGCCGACACCGACGGGUGACAACCCGCACGAACUGAUCGAACGAGCGCAAGAGGAAAACAGGAGACUGCUAUCCCUUUUAGAAGAUCGGGACCAUAAAAUAAUGGCACUCGAGGCUCGACUUUUAAAGCAACAGCAUGAGAUGGCCGUGGAACGAGAUCGACUUCGCGAAGAGAAUGCCACGUUAAUUCGCGCGAUGGCGGCGUUAGCCAGCAACUAAUUCUCUUCGUAUAAUAAAGAUUACGCCUUCGUGGCUCUUUGCUCUUUACGAUAAUCGCCGAGCUGCAGGAUGAGCCAUAAGUCGCGUAUCUCGCCGAUCCCCGGUUAUCACGGUGUAUUGUUCUUUUCUGAUUUGCAAGAAUUUUUUUUACUCGUCCUACGGAAACUUAAUUUUCGCAUCGUAUCCUAAUUUCUCAAUUGGGAAAUUUGCGACAGCCACAGGCUGAAUGACUGAAAAUCCGGUUACGUUAACUAUUUUAAUCAUUGUUGAUAUUGUGAUAUAUAUUUUUUUAUGUAAUAUAAAAUGCAAAUUGAGAUCGUCGGACGAUCUUACUCUAUUGAGUAUUAAAUCAAUCAAGAAUCUUUUCGUUACAUUUGCAUUUUUGGAAAAUUAUUAAAUCCACAUUAAAGUAAAAAUUAUACGUUGCACUGUAUGUCUUAAUUGCUUUCGAUUGUAUGCUUCUCUUGUUCAAUAUGAUAUAAAAUGAUUGAAGGAUGAGUUUAUCCUUUCUCUCUGACGUUUUUGAAAACUUUAUAUAAUAUCUACGUGAUCUAUAUUAUUUUUGAAUUCUCACAAAAGGUAAAAGGAAAAUGAUUCCGAGAUAUCAUGUUACUUCUUUUUCUCCUCUCAAUGGCUAUAAAAUUGUAAGAUAAAUUGUAAGUCGCACAUCAUAUUAAUUCUUACUUUGUGUUUAAAUAAAGAGCUAAAAUUUAUUUAAUAAAGUAUAUAAACGAAUUAGCUUAUAGUGAAAGUUAAAGAAACUUAGAUUAAUGAUGAUAUAAGUUUAGAUAUUUAGUUUAAUAACACUGAAAGUGUUUGUGCAUUGCAUUCUUGUGGUUGAUCGAUUGUAUCUCUGACGCAUGAUUUAUGGAUCAUCCUAAGCAAUAAGAAAGAUAUACAUAAGUAGAGUAAAAACUUUAGUGUGUAUCGCAAAUUGAGUCAUUAUAAAUAAACAGAUAAUUCUCUAAUCACAGUGUUAGCUGCGGGAAGUAUAAAUAUAUGUUUUUGCAAGCUGCAUCGAGAGUUACAUUUUGUAAAAAGCAAUAGCAAUCCUUCACUUUUAAAGAUAUUGUUAUGAUGAUUAAAUCGGCCAUUAUCACUUGCAAAGCUUUGGUCGCAGGCACAGAUCGUACGUUUAUUAUCGAUAUACUUGCUAUCUCUAUUACUGAUUAAUUGCCUUUUUUCGAUGUUUUCAAUCAAGCAACAAAUAGAUAGACGCAAUAUUGAAACCACGUGAAAGUGCCGAUUACGACGUAAGCGACUUAAUCCGUUUUCUAAUAAAUGUAAGAAUGGAUAUUCUAUGUAAGUUUUAUACUUGCAACACACGAAAUAAUGUAGGAUUAUGAAUUAUUUUAUAAUUUUAUUAUUACCAUUAAUAUUAUUAUACCGUGAACCGUACAAAAUUCUAUAUAAACACGCAGACAAUUCUAUUAAUCGAUGCAUUUGAUUAGGAGACCUUCGCGACAAACUUGUGUAAUACGCGGGACGAUGUAACGAGAAUGUGUAAAAUUGUUUAAAGAAAAACUUUUAUUGCCAACUA